CCAGUUCCUUCACCAUGUUGGCUCUUCGGCUCGUGUCAGCUGCUGGAUGUGCGACACUCCGGUCAUGUCAGGGCAGGCGAAGCGGCGCGGGUGCGUGGUGGUCGAACUGGGCGGGUUCCUGUUCCGUCGCUGACAGCAGAGUUCACCGGCGCGGAGCUUUCAGGUCCAUCACCACUGUCUUCUUCACGUCCUGGCACCCGCGUCGAAAGGAUUGAACUUUGUUCGCGCGUCGUUCCUCCUCCUCCUGCUCGGAUCAGCUGAUGCUCCGAGGCCUGGUGUGUGUCUCCGGCUCGGUGCAUUUCCUGGUUCUCGGCUCGGUGGAUCGGUGUGAUAACAUGUGAGUGGAGCGGACGGCCGAGGCCUGGGUCUGCCUGCUGUCUGUGGCCUGGACCCCUCUGUCCGGAGGAGCUGUCACUUGGACCGGAGCACUGCUGCCUCCCAUGUGACGGGGUUUCGAUCACAGAGUGCUGUCAGGAGAGGAGGGGUCAAUUUGACAACACAGGUGUUUCAUGUUCAUGGAUUCAGGGGCUGAAGGUGUUCCAGGCAGAACAUUCAUGUUGGGCAGAUGGGAAUUAUGAAUAUUGUGAUUAUGAUAAAGAGCCACACACUUGUGGUUCAUCUUCUUUCAAAUAAGUAGCAGCGGGCACUGAAUUGUUCAGAACUCAGGAUCUGUUUCUACAUGUGGUCGAGAAGUUUCCUGGUGUCCCUCAACGUCCCUUUCAGGAGGUACUUCAGCAUCAGUGAAUGGCUCUUUGCGCCACUGCGACUAUAAAUGUUAUAAAAAUGAUGGCCGCUUACAAUGGUGGCUCUUCAGCCGUGGCUGCCCAUCACCCGCACCACCACCAGCAGCUCCAGCACCUUCCGCCCCCCCACAUGCACCACCAUCAUCACCUGCAGCACCCGGGAUCCGCUGCCGCCGUGCACACGGUCCAGCAGCACACGUCCACGGCUGCUGUCGCUGCGGCUGUGAUGCUCAACUCCAGUCAGCAGCAGCCCUACUUCCCCUCUCCUGCACCCGGACAAGCGCCUGGACCGGCGGCUCCUGCCCAGGUCCAAGCCACCGCUGUGGUCAAAGCCCAUCAUCAUCAUCACCAGCAGCAGCAGCAACAUGCACAUCACCUGCAACAGCAGCUGGACAUGGAGCCUGACAGACCCAUCGGCUAUGGGGCGUUUGGGGUGGUCUGGUCAGUGACAGACCCCAGAGAUGGAAAGCAAGUUGCCCUCAAAAAGAUGCCCAAUGUCUUCCAAAACCUUGUCUCUUGUAAGAGGGUAUUUCGGGAGCUGAAGAUGCUGUGUUUCUUCAAACAUGAAAAUGUGCUCUCUGCUCUGGACAUAUUACAACCCCCACACAUCGAUUACUUUGAGGAAAUCUACGUGGUGACUGAACUGAUGCAAAGUGACCUCCAUAAGAUCAUUGUCUCACCACAGCCUCUGAGCUCAGAUCAUGCCAAAGUUUUUCUUUAUCAGAUUUUACGAGGACUGAAAUAUCUUCAUUCUGCUGGCAUUCUACAUCGAGACAUCAAACCUGGCAACCUCCUGGUCAACAGCAACUGUGUGCUCAAGAUCUGUGACUUUGGACUGGCCCGGGUGGAGGAGUCGGACGAGUCACGGCACAUGACUCAGGAAGUUGUGACACAGUACUACAGAGCUCCAGAGAUCCUCAUGGGGAGCCGUCACUACUCCAACUCAAUCGACAUCUGGUCCGUGGGCUGCAUCUUCGCUGAGCUGCUGGGUAGACGCAUCCUCUUCCAAGCCCAAAGUCCCAUUCAGCAGCUGGAUUUGAUCACGGACCUGUUGGGGACUCCCUCUAUGGAGGCAAUGAGGACGGCGUGUGAAGGUGCCCGUGCACACAUUCUCAGAGGUCCUCACAAACAGCCAUCCCUUCCUGUUCUUUACACACUGUCCAGCCAAGCAACCCAUGAAGCCGUCCACCUCCUCUGCAGGAUGCUGGUGUUUGAUCAGUCAAAGAGGAUUUCAGCAAAGGAUGCCCUGGCACACCCUUACCUGGACGAGGGUCGACUGCGAUAUCACACAUGCAUGUGCAAAUGCUGCUACACCAGAUCCUCUGGUCGCGUUUACACCAGUGACUUUGAGCCUGUCACUAGUCUCAAGUUUGAUGAUGGCUUUGAGAAGAACCUGAGCUCUGUGAGACAGGUCAAAGAGAUUAUCCAUCAAUUCAUUCUGGAACAGCAGAAGGGGAGUCGGGUGCCACUCUGCAUCAAUCCUCAGUCAGCAGCUUUCAGAAGCUUCAUCAGCUCCACAGUUGCUCAGCCCUCUGAAAUGCCUCCAUCUCCAUUGGUGUGGGAGUAGCUGCUGCUGUGUGACUUCAUCUUUCCCUACUGACAAGCUACUAAACUGGGAACAAGAUGGCAUCUCAGCAUCUUCACUUAUCUGUGUAGCAUGUCACUGGUCUGCUGUGUGUAUGCCCACAUAUGAAAGAAAAGAAAAUCAAUCCACUGGAAACUGCUUCAUGGUUGUAUUAGAGGGUUUGGUAUGCAAAUUAAUAAAACAAAUGCUCUGAAGGCCAAAUCUGAAUGUUUAAAAAAACAUGUUUAUUAAUCAUUAAUAUAUAAUGUAGUACAUUUGAUUAUAUAUAUAGACCAAAUAUUAGAUAUAUGAAUAUACAUAUAUAUAAAUAUCAAAUAUAGACCAUAUAUUUUAAAAUGUAUCAUCACAAAAUUUCCAAUAAUAUUGGGUUCCUUAUUCCCACCUUCACCUGUGUAUUGGUUAAUUCUGCCCAGUUGUAGGCUACUUCUCAUUUAGACAAUUGAUUGUAAUUGGGUUAAGAGACAGCAUUUUAUAACUGUAAGCUCCCCAUAUUUUCUAAAAACAAUUUCAUUAAAUGAAUUGUCCCCCUUCACAUUUGGCUAUGGGUUUACUCAUGAAACAGUUAAUUUGCCAAAGAGGAGGAGCCUCAUGUAUAAAUGAUGCACAGUCAUUCACUCAUACAGUACACCCGCAACAAGGCACCACUUGCAAGGCAAAACGUAAUGGAGGCAAAUUAAACAACUGUUUUCAUUAUGAUUAUGAGAAAUUGACACCACAAAUACCAGAUGUAUCUGCAUCAUAUUAGUAAAAUGUAAGGCAUUUUCAAAUUCAAUGGCACCAAACAUUUGAUUUAACUCAUUGUAGUUUCUGAGAUACAGAAAAUAGUCACAAGGGGUUACUCAUUUUAACACUGGAGAUGCAGGUACCUAUGAUCACAUGAUCAAAAACGUGAAUUCACUUAAUGAACUUUAGAAAAGAUUUUCCAAUGCACUUUUGGGGAGAAUAUUGAGAAAUGUAGCUCCAUGUUUAAUGUACAUUAAAUGUCUUGUGUACGCAUUUAUACAUGAGGCCCCAUAAUAUUUAUGAUGAAACUAAACCUGACUCGAUAUGUACAUGUGUAUAGGUCAGUCAUUGUACCCAGUGACCACACCAACAACCUUUGUGUCUUUUGGGAAUAAUUUGGAAUCUUUUUGAUGGUUGCUCAGAGAAAAUAGUGUUUAGUUGUUGAGAACAUGAAGGUAAAGGUCUAAAUGUUCAUCUGUGUUCUACAUGAAUGACAUGAAAUGAGCUGAAAAAGGGAUCAGACCAAGAGGUUUUCUUGUACUACACCUCGCUUCCUAACAAGAUGACACAUCUCACCAGACUUCACAAGGCCUGCAGUCACCGACUCAGUGGCGUAUGGCUAAGUAGUUCAUCAGCCUUAAGCUGGGCUUACACUGUGACUUUUGAAAUAUUGUUCUUAAAUUCCAUAUCACACAACAUUUGUCUGAGAUAGAAAGUCAAAGCUCACAAUGUCUGUGCUCACUGUAUAGUCACCUAGCCAGGACCUGACUGCUCACUGCAAUCUGCCAUCUUGAGGCCGUGGCUGCUGUGUAUAUUUGUUAAGGCCACUUGGUGUAGGACAGAGGUGCCUAAAAGCAAAUUAACCUAUGAACAAACAACAAUAAUGCUUAAUUAUAUUGACUCAAAUCAAUACAAUACAUUAACAAAGUUAAACAUUCCUAUACUAUUGGUUUUAGCCACAUUAUAGAGAGCGGCACAGAAAACAUGGUAACGUUAUUGACUUUGAAACUGGGCCGUGCCGCACCAAAAUGAGUCCAAAAAACCCACAAUGUUUGUCGUGUGGAACAGUGGCAUAUAAUUGAUGGAGGGCCGCCGUCAAUGCUCGUGCAUGUGCAAUUAACCGCAGUGCCGAAGCACGGUACAGUUGCACUCACACUGGUCAAACAAACUAGACUUUAGCCAUGAAUCCUGCUUGGGCACGGUACGAAUGCCAAGUGUGUGUCCCCUGGGUUACUCGACAAUAACUGUGCUUGGUGGCAAAUUUCGCUUAAUCAGCUGGCAACACUGUCAUAGCCACUGAUAUAAAACCAGACUUUUCAGCCUUGGUUGGUCCUCAGGUAGGCUCUCGCAUCACUGCCUUUUGGAAGCUGUAGCCAUUGGCUUCAGGCAGGCCUGCAUGAAGUCAGGAAGUGUUCUCCCAAAGGGAAGAAGCACAAGGAGACUGUUGUCUCCCUGCAGGGAGAGGGAGGAAAGACAUACGUGAAGGGGAGAUGGGGUCUUAUUGGCCUGGUGAGCCCCUGGGUUCUGGAACACAGAUUUCACACCUAGGUGGGAAAAGGUGAAGGACAAUGGGAGACUGAGUUCCAUUGCUUUCGUUUUUCUUUUGAAAAAAGGAGCGCUGGGUAAAAUCUUCCGUUUUGUGUGGGUGAGGCCCAACACAUCUGAGGUUCAUCUGAUCGCUCCUCAAUGUUUACUGCACAAAGAAGCUGAAAUUCAUGCGACUCUAACGUCAGGAAAAAAUCGGUUGAAGUUGCACAGUGUAUGCCCAGUUUAACGGAGUAGUGAAUGAAGAACGUUUGCCUACUAAUGUCAUGGCUGGGACAGUGAGGUCACUCACUUACUCAGCCAAACUAAGCAAAGAGUCUGGAAAGGAAGACCGUGGUAGCUCACAGCAGGAAACAUCCAGUCUUCCACUUGAAGCCUUUAACAGGUCUGCUUUGCUCUUUCUUCUGUGGACUAGAAGGACAGAGGAGAACAGCCAUUAUGCUAUGAACAAAAUAUUAACAUGAAAACAAAAUGUACCAGCAAUAUCAAUUUUUGAAGAGUGUUCGUUCUUUGUUCUGUCUUCUUGAAUAUAUGACCACAUAUACGACAAACUCUUAUUCAUGGAUUGCAUUCAAGCAUCUCAUCAUAAAACAGAAAUAAGUAGCACAUGAAUUAUGUAAAAUUAACUUUUGGUCUAAUCUCAUUUUGUAAUUUUUCUAACUGGUAUGUCCCUCCUUAUACAUGGAAACUGUUUCCAGAAAAAGAGCUUUGAAGAAAAUAAUUUAAUAUAUUUAUAGAAUUGUUUUCUAUUACUUAUCAUGCGCAUGCAUUCUUCUCACACCUCAAAGUAUGUUAGUGUACAUAUGUGAAAAUAGAGAAGCAGCCCUACACCAACCAUAUUAACAAUGCCACUGUAUAGAAAUUGUAUUAGCCUGCACAUUUCAAAGGCUGUGAAGUUAUUUUUUUUAACUUGCAUACAAGUGUAUAUAUUGAUUUUUAGUCUGCAACUAGGAUGUGUAGAGCAUAAUGAUUCAGAGAAUACACAGUCAUGUUAACUGGAUCUUUUAUGAACAGAGUUGUAGAUGUACUGAAGGAGAAACUGUCUUUUGCUAUUUUUGUGUGAAUAUGUAUAUAAAGUAUUUACCAUGUUGGUGUCUACCUCUUGGCCUCAAUAACUUGGCUUUGUUUACCUCCACACUUCUGAUUUCAUGUGGUGAUUAAUUGAAAACACUUGAAUGUCCAUUCAAGCUUUUAUACUGAAAUAAAAGAUAACAUUCAUGAAUAAAUAUGUAUAUAUUUCCCAGCAACGACCAAGUGCAAAGCAUUCACUUGACAUUUUGAAUCAUCAGAUCAAUGAUACAAAAUGUCAUCAAUAUUACAAAGCCCGGCCAAUAGCCAAGAGUUUUCUGACUGUUUGAUAGCGUAGGACCUGAUGGGGUGGGCGAGUCAAGACUUCUACCACAGUGGCUGUGUUCAAAGCACAGUCAAAAACUUGAGUUCACUUUCAUAAUAUUCACAUAAUCUUCUUCUUUGGACUUCUUGUUAACAAUCUGAGAAGUAGACAAGUGUUUUAUUAAUUCUUUGCAGGUUGUAUAUAUUGUAAAACCUGUAAAGAAUUAAUAAAACACUUGUCUACUUCUCAGAAUUUAUUAAAAAAAAAAUGUCAUCAAACCUGUAAUUUGGUAAAAAGUUCAGUAGCUUUUAAUGAAAUCAGAAUCCAGUAUUGAAUUUCAAAAGGAUUCAGAUUCAAUUUUCAAUCCUCUUGUGAAUGGUGUUGGGGUUUGGCUUUCAACAUGUCUAAAUUGUAACUAAAACAAUCAGUCAGUGUAAAAGUUCAGUAAGAGAUUCCUGAUCCUUCCCAACUCCGAACCGGAUCUGAGAUUGAACUGUAUCAGAAACCAGCCUUACCAGUAUAUCCAUUUAUUUGUAUUCAUUUUUACAGCUGUGGCUUCUUCUCUAAGUAUGUUGAGUCAUAUUUCUUCCAACAACACAAAUGUUCCAUCUGAAGACCUUAUUGUACAGUUUCUAGGAGAGGUCAAUACACUGCAGCCAUAGAAAACUGAAAUAGUAAAUUCCCUAAACAUAUCAGCAUUUAGAAACUGGCAAGCAACACUAAACAGCAACAAAAAAAAUCAGAGAUUGAUAAUGUCUGAACAUUAGUUAUUUAAUUUGGAAUGUUCAUCAUCUGAUAUUACUGGAGAAAUAUACAUAACGCCAUAAUCAAACGUUGCAAAAAAAUAGCUUUCCUUAUUGUGUUAUUGUAUAUGUGGUGUGGUUGAACUUUGUGAACGCAGCUAAUGUCUGAAGGCUGCUGCUGUGUUUAAAGAUGGAAGAGAUAUUAAAGAGCGACUCCCACGCUCCAACAACAAAUCUUGAUCAAGACCAAAUUGAAAAUGUUUACCGGGUGAAAUCUUCACCUCGCAGUCAAACAGCAGCUUUGUUACUAAAGCACAGUACAAGUGUCUGCAGUGAUUCUAUCACUCUUUCCAGACAUCUGUCAUGUGUGCAGUUAUAGUGUUCUUGUUUUUGCAGUCACCUAUCUUGUGUGUCAAACUAUCAAUGUGUUACUUUAUUAACUUAAGUCCCCUUAAGUUCUAAGUUUAUGGUACGUUGUCUGAUGUCAACAUUGUUUUCCUAUAUAUUAGGGUUAACAGGCAGUGCACUGAGCUCAAAUGAGCCAAAUGUACGAAAGCAUCACUUCCAUUGUUUUACCCUAAAACUAUGAUAGGUUCUGUCUUAUAUUAGUCUUGUUUGUGGAACAUCUCUUAACAAGCUCUUCAGGAGAAAGAAUUGGAUUUUCUCAGGAAUGAACACAGCUACCAGUGGUAUACAUGGUCACUCUCCCUCCAGAUCACCUGUAUUAACUCGUGUUGAUAUAGUUGUUUCCUGUAUUUAAUUUUGUGAAUGAAGUACUUGAAUGAAAUGAUCAUUUUGGACCCUUGUAGAGUAACAACUCACAAACUUUGUGUGAGUGACUAAGUACAACUCAAGUACAGGACUAUUUGGAUUCAUAUAAUUGGCUUUGUUAAACCAUGUUUGUAUAUUUAAUGUUUGACUCACUGUUUUACAAUGCACUGUUAUUUGAAUAGACAUUGCAGUAUAUAAAGUACACUAAUGUAUCUAAUUAACUCAUUCAGGCAGUUGGCUAAUAACUAGAUUCAGAAUUUUGCAGCCGACAGUUGUGAUUUUAGAGAGAGUGUGUUCUGCUCAAAAUGCUCUUGAUGAAAACAUUAAAUGAACAUUUAAAUAAUGCCAAA